AUGAGGUCUCACCAGGUCUCCCCAGCACCCCAUGGCCGAGCAGAGCGCAGGAGCUCCAGACGGACAGAAGAGGAGCAUCGCCUGCCCCAGGGAACUCCCCACCGGUUUCAGCCAGUGGCUUCUCCAUCCCUGCCAGCUCAGUUCGCCUUAACUGACAAUCAUACUGACCUGAAAAGCCUGGAAUAUUUAAUUGACAAUCUGAAGAGCGCGGCAGCCCUACCGGCUGCGGCUGCUUGCGGGGCUCCGCAGGGGUCGGGCACAUGCGUACAAGCGGCUCAUCCAGUGUUACUAGUAACAAUCUUUGUAGUGGAAGGGAUUGCCGUUGCACAGAAGACACAAGGUGGGCAAAAUAUUGGCAUGAAUCGUAUUCCUCCCACCCAAUGUGACAAUUGGGUACGGACAAGUAAUGGAGGACAUUUUGCUUCACCAAACUACCCUAACAUGUACCCACCAAAUCAAGAGUGCAUCUAUAUCUUAGAAGCUGCUCCACAACAAAGAAUUGAGUUGACCUUUGAUGAGCCUUAUUACAUAGAACCCUCAUUUGAAUGUCGGUUUGAUCAUCUGGAGGUUCGAGAUGGACCUUUCGGUUUCUCCCCUCUCGUUAAUCGUUACUGUGGUUUGAAAAGUCCUGCACUAAUUAGAUCAACAGGGAGAUUUAUGUGGAUCAAGUUUACUUCUGAUGAAGAGCUGGAAGGAAAGGGAUUUCAAGCAAAGUACUCAUUUAUACCAGAUCCUGACUUCACUUACCUAGGAGACUGCCAGUUUGAGCUCUCAGGAGCUGAUGGAAUAGUAUGUUCCAGUCAAGUAGAACAAGAAGGAAAAACAAAACCAGGACAACCAGUUGACUGCAUAUGGACAAUUAAAGCUACUCCAAAUGCUAAGAUUUAUAUACGAUUUCUCGACUAUCAAAUGGAGCAUUCAAAUGAAUGCAAAAGAAACUUUGUUGCUGUGUAUGAUGGAAGUAGUUCUAUUGAAAACCUGAAGGCAAAGUUCUGCAGUACAGUAGCAAAUGAUGUCAUGCUGCAGACUGGGAUGGGUGUGGUGCGGAUGUGGGCAGACGAAGGCAGUAGACUAAGCAGAUUCAGAAUGCUGUUCACUUCAUUUGUGGAUCCUCCCUGCUCAGGCAACACUUACUUCUGCCAUAGCAACAUGUGCAUCAAUAAUUCUUUAGUGUGCAAUGGCAUUCAGAACUGUGCAUACCCUUGGGAUGAAAAUCACUGCAGAGAAAAGAAAAUAACUGGAUUGUUUGAACAAAUCACCAAAACUCAUGGAACAAUCAUUGGCAUCACAUCAGGGAUAGUUUUAGUACUUCUCAUCAUUUCAAUUCUAGUACAAGUAAAGCAACCUCGCAAAAAGCUUAUGGCUUGCAAGACUGCUUUCAAUAAAACUGGCUUCCAGGAAGUAUUUGAUCCUCCACAUUAUGAACUAUUUUCACUAAGGGACAAAGAAAUUUCUGCAGAUCUGGAAGAUUUAUCAGAGGAACUUGAAAACUACCAGAAAAUGAGACACCCUUCAACAGCUUCCAGAUGCAUUCAUGACCACCACUGUGGCUCCCAGGCCUCUAAUACAAAACAAAGCAGGACAAACCUCAGCUCCAUGGAACUUCCUUUCCGCAAUGACUUUGCACAGCCUCAGCCAAUGAAAACAUUUAACAGCACAUUCAAGAAAAGUAGUUACACUUUCAAACAAGCGCAUGACUGCCCUGAGCAAGUCAUAGAAGACAGGGUGAUGGAGGAGAUUCCGUGUGAAAUUUAUGUUCGAGGAAGAGAAGAUACGGCACAAGGUUCAUUAUCUAUUGACUUUUGAUUUCCUAGUGAAGGUGGUAUCAGUGUCUAUACAAGAUGGUUGUGUACAAUGACAGUG